AUGUUACUGGUGGAUACGGUAGAAGGCAAGAUUGAAGAGGAUGCGGAUUUCAAGUCGAGGAUCUGCAGCUCGCGGCCCUUCAAACAGUUGACCCACAAUCGAGUUUACUUGGAUCAGCUGAGGAAGAAUGAUGUGGUAGGUUUUUGGAAUUUUGAUUUUGGGAAUGUAAAGGGAGGGGGGUGAGGGGAGGUCAAAAAAAUUAUGAGGGGAAGGGAGUGGGAAAAUUUUUUUUCGGCAUGUGUAAGGCUUGUCCCGACCAUACCUAUUAGAAAAAGCUAAUAUAUCUUGUUCAGCUCAACCACGGUUCAAUCACCAACGAAUUCUUGAUCAAAAAGACCUUGGACAAGACCAAAGUCAUCGAAUAUGCGGGCCGAAAAAAGCAGGACACAAGACUGGACCAAGACAGACGUCUCUCGUUCUUUAGCUACACUCCCGACAGUUUCAGUUUGAUUUUGGUACCAAUGAUUAUUGAAAAGUAAGUACUUCGGUAACAUUUUUGGAAGAUUUGAUAAGGCAAAAGAGAAGCCUUGAUAUAUAAAAUUUUUAAUAUUAUUGUUUUAAUUUCAGAAAAGAAGCCCUAGGAUCGAUGGGAAAUGAUGCUGCUUUGGCUUGUAUCUCUGACUACUCGCCAUUACUCUACAGUUACUUCCAACAACUCUUUGCCCAAGUCACUAACCCUCCAAUUGACCCAUUCCGAGAGCAGAUCGUGAUGUCCUUGCGCUGUCCCGUCGGCCCAGAAUCCAAUCUUCUAGAUCCAAGUGUUGAGCUGAAAGGCCGACUCCUUCUCGAUCAACCAGUAUUGAGCAUUGUCGACAUGGAAAUUGUGAAGCGAACAUCGUACAAAGGCUGGCGUUCCACCGUGAUCGAUAUCUGUUACCCCGUUAGACACGGACCUCAAGGAUUGAUGCCCGCUUUAGACCGGAUCUGCUCUGAAGCCUGUGCUGCUGCUUUAGAUGGAUUCCAGAUCAUUAUCUUAUCUGAUCGACUUGUCAACAAAGACAGUAUACCAGUCAGUGCACUCUUGGCGUUGGGCGCAGUUCAUCAAUGUCUGAUCAAGCAAAGAUUGAGAAUGAAUGUAAGUUGAAAAAUGGUUUCGAUAUCUUAAAAUGUUUUUUUAAAUUUUUGGUAAGAUGCUGAUUUUUUAGGUAACACUUUGAUUUUUUUUAAAUAUAGGUAAUAUUAUACAUUUUAAUCGUUUUUUGACGAAAAAUUUUAAUUUAUGGUGUUUUAGGUAGCCUUGUUUGUGGAAUCUGGAGAAGUGAAACAAGUUCAUGACUUUUGCGUUCUACUCGGUUACGGAGCUGACGCGAUUUGCCCAUACCUGGUCUUCGAAACGUGCCACAGGUUGAGAAAUAUGGGAUUAAUCGAAAAGAGCCUGACUGAUGAUGAAGUAAGUUAUUUAAAUUUGAUUUUAAAUUUUAAAAUGAUGCUUAAAAUUCUUUUUUUUAAAAUUUUUAGUUUAUCAUUUUUUGUCUCUUUUUAAAUUUUUUAUUAUUAUAGGUCUUCCAAGGCUACAAAGCCGGAAUCGAGCGUGGAAUCUUCAAGGUAAUGGCAAAGAUGGGCAUUUCAACUCUCCACUCUUACAAAGGCGCCCAAAUCUUCGAAAUUGUUGGAUUGGCUACCGAAGUGGUCGAUCGAUGCUUCACCAAUUCGGUCUCACGCCUCGGUGGAGCUACCUUUGAUAUUCUGGCUCAAGAAGCACUACGACGUCAUCGAAUCGCCUACCCAAUCACUGGCCAAAACAGUGGAGACUUGUACCUAUACGGUGACAGUAAAGUCCUCGUCAGUCCAGGUGUCUAUCAUUGGCGUCACGGUGGAGAGAAGCACAUCAACGAACCCAACAACGUGGCCAAACUUCAAGCUGCUUCAAGACUUAACGACAAGAAGCUUUUCCACGAAUUUUCUCAGGCUUCUAACUUGGCUCAACGUCUGUGCACGCUCAGAGGUCAACUAGAAGUGAAGACGAAUGAAACUCUACAGAUUCCACUCGAAGACGUGGAGCCGGCUUCGGAAAUUGUCAAAAGAUUUGUCACUGGAGCCAUGUCAUUCGGUAGCAUCUCGUGGGAAGCUCAUACAACAUUGGCAGUGGCAAUGAACAGAAUUGGAGCCAAAUCGAACACUGGAGAAGGUGGUGAGAAGCCGGAGCGGUACGCUAAAGGACAGCCGAAAGACCGGAACAUUCGAUCGGCUAUUAAGCAAGUAGCAUCAGCUAGGUUUGGAGUUAACAGUUCGUAUUUGGCCAACGCUGACGAGCUUCAAAUCAAGAUGGCACAAGGAGCGAAGCCGGGAGAAGGAGGAGAACUUCCAGGUAAGUAGAAAAGACUAUGCUUUAUGAACUUUAAUUUGUUUUUCAAGUUUGUAAAUCAUAAAUCUAGAUAUACUAAUAAAAAAGUUUAAAAACAUUAUUUUAGGUCACAAAGUAAGCAAAGACAUUGCGGCAACCCGCAAAUCGACCGCUGGUGUCGGUCUGAUCUCUCCACCACCCCACCAUGACAUUUACAGUAUCGAAGACUUGGCUCAACUCAUCUACGAUCUAAAAUGCUCGAAUCCAAAAGCCCGAGUAUCAGUCAAACUCGUGAGUGAAGCCGGUGUAGGUAUCGUGGCAGCUGGUGUAGCUAAGGGAAACGCCGAUCACAUUACUGUAUCAGGACACGAUGGAGGCACUGGAGCCUCAUCUUGGACCGGAAUCAAACAUGCUGGCUUACCCUGGGAGCUCGGAGUCUCGGAAACUCAUCAAGUCUUAACCAUGAACAACUUGAGGUCAAGAAUCGUCCUUCAAGCUGAUGGUCAAAUUCGAACUGGCCGUGAUGUCAUUAUUGCAGCUCUACUGGGAGCCGAUGAAUUUGGCAUGUCGACCGCACCACUGAUUGUACUCGGAUGUACAAUGAUGAGAAAAUGUCAUUUGAACACCUGCCCAGUAGGUAUCGCCACUCAAGACCCAGUCUUGAGAGCCAAAUUCGCUGGUCAACCCGAACAUGUUGUCAACUUCAUGUUCAUGGUAGCCGAAGAAGUGCGAUAUUUCCUAUCAAAACUUGGUUUGAAGAGCCUCAGCGAAGCCGUCGGUCGUGUGGAUCUCCUCUACGCUUCGCCAAAUCCAGUCAACAAAAAGGCUACACAGUUGGAGUUCUCACAAAUCUUAACCAACGCCAGGUUACUGUACCCAGAAGUGUGCAUCAAAGGAGGAUCCGUUAAACAGUAUCACGAAAUCAACGGCCUUGAACAAAAAAUUCUGAAGGAGCUGGACGGAUUCUUCGAUUCAGAAGAUGCUGUCAAGAAGGUUCACGAUGAUGUGAUCCGCAACAUUGAUCGUACGUUUGGCGCUAGAAUCAGUUACGAAGUUUCAAUUCGUCACGGCGAGAAAGGUCUUCCAGAUGGCAAGGAAAUUGAAGUCAAUCUCAAAGGACACGCUGGCCAAAGCUUCUGCGCCUUCUUGGCCAAGGGAAUCACUGUGAAACUGGAAGGAGAUGCGAAUGACUACGUUGGCAAGUGCUUGUCAGGUGGAAAGAUUGUUAUCAGACCACCAAAAGCCGCCAAGUACCCUUCAGAAGACAACACAGUUAUCGGUAAUGUCGCCUUGUACGGUGCGACAUCAGGCAAAGUGUUCUUCCGUGGAGUUGGAGGAGAACGAUUUGCGGUGAGGAAUUCGGGAGCCACGGCCGUGAUUGAAGGCGUUGGUGAUCACGGAUGCGAAUACAUGACUGGAGGAGUGGUGGUGAUUCUGAAGGACAUUGGACGAAAUUUCGCUGCCGCUAUGAGUGGCGGUAUUGCUUAUGUUUUUAACAAGUAAGGUUAUUAAAAAAAGGGUUUGGGUUUGAAACGGCAUGGUUUUCUUUUAAAGGCUUUGGUUUUAUCAUAAUUAAAAUUAUGUUCACUUAUAACUUUAGAGACGGAGAGGUUGCCAACUACAUGAACAAGGCCACCAUCGACAUUGAUCCACCAACGGUUGAAGACCUGGAAGAAGUCAAAAAGCUGAUUCAAGAAUUUGUCGACGAAACCGAAUCCACACUCGGCCAACAGAUCUUGGACUCUUGGAAGGAAUCGGCCGCACGAUUUGUCAAGGUCUUCCCCAAAGACUUCAAACGUGCUCUGGCUGAACAACAGAAGGAAUCAGUGGAGAAGGCGGAGAUUCCGAAGAGAGAUGAUUCUACGGUAUCUCUUGAUGUAAGUUUUGGUUGAUUUUUUGGUUUUGGGGUAGUUUAGGUAAUUUUUUUAAUUUUAGGGUAAAUUUUGCUUUUUCACCAAGUCUGGGUAUUAUUUUUUAGACUUUUUAGGUAAUAUUUUGAAUUUUUUGGAAGUUUAGGUAACAAUAUAUGGGUUUCUUUUUUCAAUUCUCUAUGGUUCCGCUUCAAUUGUAACGUUAUUGUAAUUUGUGCCAAUGUUUAGGAGCUACGUCCUCAACCACGAAGCCUUCGUGCUCUCUCCAUGGACAUGCAGAUCGCUCCAGAAGACGAGAAAGUGGAUAAAAAGACCAGGAGAAAGCGAAGUGUCAGUUUUAGAUAGAUUUUUUUUUCGAUUUUACGUUGUUGUAGAUUUUUUUUGUCACUUUUAAUUGUUACAACUAUUUAUAGAGCUUUUAAUGUUUUAUAUUGUUGUUGUAAAACUUUUUAUAACAAGAUUUGUCAUAUGUUGAUGUUUUUUGUUAAUAAGACAACGUUUGUCAUUGAUUUAUUACCUAAUUUUAGAUCAUUCAACAACGUCGGCGAAAAUACUCAAAGUCCAUGCAAGUUCAAGACUUUGCUGGCUUCGAAGGCACGGUUGAUAUUCAAGAAGCUGAUGCCGAGAACGAGGACAUUGAACUAGAAAACCAAUCAGACGAUGAAUCCGUCAGCUCGAUCGAGAAUGACAAACCCAUGAAUACGUCGGACGACAUUGAGAACAUUAUCAACAUUAUCAAAAACAACGAGGAAAAUUUGGACAAAACCCGAGGAUUCGUCAAGUAUCAACGCCAAAAGAAAAUCUACCGUGCUCCGGAAGAACGUCUGAAAGAUUGGAACGAAGUGACGGAUUACCAAUCUAUCAGAUCGAACAUUCGAGAACAAGCGGCACGCUGCAUGGAUUGUGGUAUACCAUUCUGUCAAGGCAACACUGGUUGUCCUCUGGGCAAUAUCAUCCCCAAAUGGAACGACUACGUGUUCAAGAAGAAUUGGCGUCAAGCCUUGGAACAACUCCUUCAAACCAACAACUUCCCCGAAUUUACCGGUCGAGUUUGUCCAGCGCCAUGUGAAGGCGCUUGCUGUGUCGGCAUCAACGCACCAGCCGUAACCAUCAAGAACAUUGAGUGUGCCAUUAUUGACUACGCCUUCCUUCAGAAAUGGAUUACUCCUCAACUUCCAGUAGCCAGAACUGGCAAAAGAAUUGCCGUGAUUGGCAGUGGGCCGUCUGGAUUAGCGGCCGCUGCUCAACUGAACAAGGCCGGACAUGCCGUAGUCGUGUACGAAAGAAAGAACCGUGUAGGUGGCUUGCUACGUUACGGAAUUCCACAAAUGAAGCUGGACAAGUACAUUCUGGACAGAAGAGUCAAACUCAUGGAGGACGAGGGAAUCAGAUUCAUCACGAACGCUGAAAUUGGCAAAGAUGUGCCGGCUGACCUGCUGCUGAAGGAGAACGAUGCCAUCGUGAUUUGCACCGGUUCUACCACGGCCAGAGACCUGAAGAUUCCAGGCCGCGAAGCCAAAGGCAUUCACUUUGCCAUCGAGUACCUGGAGAGAAGUCAGAGGAUUCGUGCUGGUGACGAUCUUCAAUGGGACGGCUUGAACCCAGAGGGCAAGAGAGUGAUUGUGUUGGGUGGGGGAGAUACGGCCACGGAUUGUAUUGGAACAUCGUUGAGAUUGGUAGGUUAAACAUGGACUUUAAGUUAAAAAAAUUUUUCUGACUUGUAUGAAUAUUGUUACCUAAAAUUUUUGUUUUAGAAUGCCAAGUCGGUCAACGCUUUUGAAAUUCUCCCACGCCCAUCUGACGUCCGAAAACCGGAAAACCCAUGGCCACAGUGGCCACUCAUCUUCAGGCUAGAUUACGGACACGACGAAGCCCGAUCCUUGACUGGCGAAGACCCAAGAGUGUACGGUAUUUCGACCAAAGUAAGUAUUUAACUACAAAUGUGAUUGGGUGGGGUUUGGGAGUUUUAGUUUUUACUUGAUCGUAUUUCAGGAAUUCAUUACGAAAGAGAACGACAAGGGAGAGACCGUACUAUGUGGCUUGAAGACCACCAAGGUCGAGUGGGAGAAGAUGGAAUCGGGUCAAUGGAAGAUGCACGAAGUCCCCGACAGUGAAGUUGUCUACGAAGCCGAUAUGGUCAUCUUGGCUAUGGGAUUCGUUGGACCCGAAAGGGCCGUCAUCGACCAGUUGAAGCUCGAACCGGACGCCAGGAGCAACAUCAAGACACCACAUGAGAAAUACAACACCAACACGGACAAGAUCUUUGCAGCUGGUGACUGUAGACGAGGCCAAAGUCUGGUGGUAUGGGCUAUUCACGAAGGAAGACAGGCGGCUCGGCAGGUCGAUCAUUAUUUGAUGGGGAAGACUAACUUGGCCGGACCUGGAGGUAUUGUUUUGGCUCCGAUGAACUGA